AUGGCUUAUAUCUCAGAUAUCGGGUCUAAUGUCAUGAAACCUUUCUUCAUUGUGGGAUGUUCAGUUACCGCCGCUAUGUUUUCGGUGUCGUUAUUUUCAGUCCGCCGCAACUAUGCUUCGGUGGGAAAACUAGAAAAGCUCUUCGAUAUCAUGUCAAUUUUAUCUGGUAUAGCGGGUUCAGUGGGCUUGAUACUCCUAUCGAUUUUUGACCUGGCGCGUCACCGCACUUUACACAUCAUCUUCUUGAUGUUAUUUAUGAUGGGCGUUAUCUUGUCAGCAUCCUCUACGGUGCACGAGUAUUGCCAUGUCGGAAGGCAUUAUGAGGAUUUCGAGAUACUUAGGGUCAUCUCAUUCGUGAAGAUUGUGCUAAUCGCCAUUGAGGUUACAUUGACCAUUCUUUUGGCCGGAUUCACAUUAGGGAAAUGGUACACCGCCGCUACAUGUACCGAAUGGGCGUGUGCUUACACCUACACCUUUUAUAUGCUUUCUUAUUUCUUUGACCUUAGACCCAUGGCUAUAACCAAAGAUCAUGCCGAGCUUUUACGGCUAUUGAACGCCAAAAGAAACCGCACACCACUUUUUGGAUCACCUCAAAUGGCCGAGACGCCUACUUCAGAGCGCUAA